GGCUACAAUAAUAUAUGCAUACGAAGAAAAUACGUGAAAGCAAACGUAUAUGGACAAAACGUGAAUUUCUAUACAACGUGUAAUAUAUUAUUGCGUUAUACAGGAGUCUAGAAUUUGCCUACCCAAUUCCGUACUAUGUUAUUGACGGUUUAUCGAAUAACACAAUAUUCGAAUUGCUUCAGUUAACUAAGGGCAUCAAAACAAGAAUGGGUAUUUGUAGGUUGAAUUUCAAACACCUUGUCGGUCAGUUGUCGAUAUUCUUCCAUACAUCUUUUACGAUUACUUCAUCUGCUACCUGGAAAAUGGCGCGGAGGGGACUGAUCAAGCGCAUAAAAACCAGUAGCACCCCUAAGAAAUUCGUGACGAAGAUACCCAGCGUUAGUAUUUCUUCGAUCACUCCGAAUUCCUCGUCGCCCGUUAAACAGCUCAAAAGACAGGUAGAUAAAGAAGCUGAGGUGAAGCAGAAGAGGAGGAAGAAGGAGCAACAUGCGGUACCUAAAAGAAAAUACAAAAAAAAAAAUGUGAAACCAAGGCUACGGAAAGAGCCUGAAGUAUCUGAUAGCAGUUGGGAAACGACGUUGGAGUUCACAGAUGACAAGAAGGAAAAUCUACAGCCUGCAAAUUCUUCUCCGAUGACACCUCUACUGUUUCAGGGUCGUCCAUCUCCAACCCUGGAACGGAUUCGCGAAGCUCAUUGCUUUUACGAUUUUCAUUUUGAUUCACCUGUUUCUCGGCAUGGCGAGGAAAUUGCGAGCCCGGUGAGGGCAGACUUGGGAGAUGGCGUGGAACUGUUGCACUUGAAAGACCUCCCGAGUGUUCACACUCUUGUUUAUAGCAGUGAUGAAGAGGAUGAUCUUCUGCUGACAAAAAACCACAACAAGCAGUUGAGGACUCAUUCGGGCGUCAGACAUCGACGGAGACCAAAAAUCAGUGUUGAUAAGAGUAAACGGUGGCUGGUUGACGUAAAAUGCCCUACAGUGGCGGCUGACAUGCUCUGGGAUGAAUAUGUUCGCACGCACCCUGAAGAAAUGCGUGAAUACGUUGCCCCAGCUACUAAUCAGAAUGUGACUUCAUUGCCGAAAAGAAAAAAAAAAAAUUAUGAUAGAGAUAAGGCUCGCGAAGAACAUGGUCAAGAAUAUUGGUUCGGCAAUGAAGAUGCACCGAAGGCUACGUACUAUAGGAUAGAUAGACAUCAUAACAAGUUCACUAAAAAAUGGACCCAGAAAGAAUAUCCUGAAGCCGAAGAUUCAGAUUCAGAUUUCGGGAGAAUUGAAACCGGAGUUCUAAAGAUGACACUAAAUCAAUAUCUACAGAAAUGCAAGGCUAAAAAACAUUUGGCUUCGCAAAUGGCUGAUCCGUCAUACUUGAAAUAUGAUAAAGUUACGAAUGUUACAAAUAGAAAACGAAAAAUUGUUAAUGUUGAGAAUGUUAACGAUUUAAGAAUAUCCAAUAUCGGGGCCAAAAGUACACCUGUGAUCAGAUCUAUCGAAAUACCAAAAGGUAUCAAAUACGUAAGAAAAGGAUUUAAAUGGUUAAUCAAGCGUGGAUGAUGCUCUUGUACAAUUUUUUUGUUAUAGUCACGGAUAUGUUGAAAUCGUAAAAUCGGUUAGAUCAUAAAGCAAUCAUGUUGCAGUACUCGCGACAAUGAACUUCGAUUGGAAUUCGACUUGGUUGCAAGAUUUCAUUUUGAAUGUUCAUUCUUUCGACUUCCAAACAAGACUACAUGGUCCAGUCGAUUUUAAAAUAUCGUGUCCGCCAUUAUACUGAUUUUUGUUACAGUAUACUCUUUUGGUUGCAUUGAGUCGUUGUUCGGUCGGUUGUUAUGAUAUUUGUUAUUUAUAAUAUUUAUGUUAUCAUUAAUCAUUAUUAUCAUUGAAUAUACAAUAAUUAUAUAUACCUAUAUAUUGUUAUACUUUGUAUAAUUGAAAAUUUUUAAAUAAAUUUCGUGUAUCUUCCUUUGUAUUCUA